CUAGACUUCAAUGGAACAUGUACCGGUAAACCGAACACCGAAAUGCGAACCACGCGAGAGCUGUUACACCAGAACGCGGAGCAAGUAAUAUAGUCAGAUCAACGAUAUAAAGACUUGUCGGGAUGAUAUCUAUCUACCAUGGAAAUCACCCCUUUCGCACUGAUCAAUCGGCCACGAUGUAUUUUUUCAUUUUUCUGAUUUCGUUCACCGUCGCCAGUGCUUCUGCCAUCUCGAACACCACGCAGGAUUGUAAAUGCGUACCUGGCGAUUCCUGCUGGCCCUCUACCUCCGACUUCUCCGCGCUGAAUGACACACUAUCCGGCCACCUCAUCCAGGCCAUUCCACCAGCCUCUGUCUGCUACCAAUCGGAGCCAAACUACGAUGAGGCAGCCUGCAACCAAAUACUAUCCAGCUGGUUCAGCUCUGAUUUCCAUGCUGCCGACCCCAUCAGCAUUGGCUGGCCAUGGUGGGCCAGAAACCCCUGUCCCCCCAUUUUCCCAAACGGCACUUCCGUCACUCUAGAUCCUGAUGCCGAAAAGAAAGGCUGCAGCAUAGGCGCUUAUCCUGUCUACUCCGUGAACGCUACCACGGAGGAGCAUGUCGUGGAGACUGUGAAGUGGGCUGCGGAGAAGAACAUCAGACUGGUGAUCAAGAGUACGGGCCACAGCUUUCAGGGGAGAAGUACUGGAUUCGGUUCUAUCGUCAUCUGGACGCACCAUAUGCGGGGUUUCGAGUGGCACGACAGCUUUAAGGGUGAGCAGUGUGCAAGCAAUGCAAGUGUUACGGCUGCCACCAUCGCUGCUGGUGAGAGAGUCCGGGAUAUAUACACGGCGGCGGACAAGCACAACUCUGUAAUCGUUGGAGGGUCAGAACAGGCUGUAGGAGUCAUGGGAUGGUUUACUGGAGGAGGGCAUGGUCCUCUUUCGUCUACCUAUGGCUUCGGCGUCGACAACGUCCUCGAGUUCCGCAUUGUAACUCCCGAUGGCAAAAUAGUAACCGCCAACCCAUGCCUCAACCCCGACCUAUUCUGGGCCGUCCGCGGUGGCGGCGGCUCCACAUUCGGCGUCGUCACAUCAGUCACGAUGCGGGCAUACCCGUCUCCACGCGUGACGCGCCACAGCUUCGCUCUAUCACUGCUUAGCCUAGACAACGAGACUCUCUUCUGGGAUCUUGUAGCCGAAGUCUUCAGCGAACUCCCACGCCAAAAGCAAGGCGGCAUGCAGGGAUACGCCUCCCUCGUGCCCCCCGUCCCAGGAGCAAACCCAUUCAAUGGACCGAACGACCCUCCGACUUGGGCAUUGAUGUGGAGCCAUAAUGCAUACGACAAGCCCAACGGGACAGUCGAAUCCCUCGUCGCGCCCAUGUUAGAGAAAUUGGAUCCAUACAACGGGUCCGCAAUUUUCUACCUCUCCGAAGUCCGCCAAUACCCAAAUUUCUUCACCGCCUGGGACACGACCGGCACCCAGAACGUGGCUAUCAGCGGGAUGAACAUAGCUUCGCGGCUGUUGACUGCGGAGUCGCUAACGCGCGACAAGAAGCAGCUCGCGAGGCUGCUGCAAAAGGCUGCGGCUAGGUCUCCAGAUGGCAGUUAUGCGUUGAUACAGUCACAUUUGGUUGCGAACGAUAGGCACGAGCUUGCGGAUCAGGUGUCUGCUACUGCGGCUUGGAGAGAUGCGGUGGUUAGCUUUCUCGUCAUUGAGGGCUUCAAGGAUUCGAGCACGUUCGAGGAGGCGCGGCCGGUGUUGGAUAGAUUGACGUAUGAGAGGCUUGCUGCGUUGAAGUCUUUGGCCCCGGAGAGUGGAGCAUAUUUCAACGAGGCCGAUCCAUUCGACCCGAACUGGCAAUACGAAUACUGGGGAAAGAACUACGAAAGACUCAGCCAGAUCAAAAAGAGCUAUGAUCCUCAAGGUUUGUUAUGGUGUCUUAGUUGUGUGGGCAGCGAAGAGUGGACGGCCAAUCCAAGUGGACAAUUGUGCAAAGCAUCUACGAAGCAAGAAGGCCAAAUCUUGCUAGCAUAAAUUGUGUCUGUCGUCAGUACUAAUGUCGCACGCCCUAUUCUGAUUGUCACCCUUGAUACGUGCCUUCAGUGCAAUGUGUUAAACCUUGUAGUCAACGCCAUAAGGUUCAACAAAAAAUCACGUCACUACAGAUUCUCAAGAAACG